AUGUCAUCCUAUCGCAGGAAACAAUUAAAGUCGGUCGCUGUCCUGGCAUUCGCAAUAUUAUCCCUCCUCUAUCUCCUCCACUACCUCUAUUCCUCAGCCUCCACGUCCGUUGUGGCUCCGGUGGGUACCUCUGGUGUGGUAAUCGUCACAUUGUUAGACCAUCAACGGUACAGCGAGAGCUAUCUCAAAAAGAUCGUUGCAAACCGGGAGGAUUAUGCCAAGCGUCAUGCGGGAACAGGCUAUACCAACUUCUUCGCAAGGGCGUCGGAUUACGACGAAGCCGUUGGUGAUGCCCCAAUGAGCUGGGCAGUUGCGCCAGCCACCCGCCAUGCCAUGGCUACACAUCCUCGCUCGGCAUAUUUCUUCCAUCUCGCGGCUAAUGCUUUGAUCAUGAACCCUACCAAAUCUCUCAAGUCUCACAUCCUGGAGAAAGACCGCCUGGAAGAGUUGAUGAUGAAGGAUGUGCCUAUUGUGCCACCAGAUAGUAUCAUCAAGACGUUCGCGCACCAGAAGGACCAGGAUGUGGACCUUAUCAUCACCCAAGACGCCGAAAAUUUGAACCCCGGGAGCUUCAUUUUGAAGAAUGGAGAAUAUGCCCGUUUCUUCUUAGAUGCUUGGUUUGACCCGCUUUACCGCAACUACAACUUUGCCAAGGCGGAGACCCAUGGACUGGAUCACAUCAUGCAGUGGCACCCGACUGUCCUUGCUCGAACCGCCCUGGUCCCUCAGCGCAUUAUGAGCUCCUAUAGCAAUGACUCGCCGGGUGCUUCUUUGGAUGGUACCUAUAAGGAUGGUGAUCUCGUGAUCCAAUUCCAUGGGUGCGAAGAUACAGAGGGCCGGGACUGUGCUCACGAACUCGAGCCAUACUAUAAGCUAUGGGAGAAGAAGACACAGAACGAUUAG